AUGACAUCUAACCAAGUCGAAGGCGGUUUCAAGGCUGCCCUGAGCAACCCGAAUACAUCCGACUCUCGUAAGCAAGAGAUUCGCGAGGCCCUUGACAAGGGUGAGACCCCUGCACCCAACGAUGGUGGUCACGAGAACCAGAGACUUGGUGGUCUCAAGGCUGCUAUUAACAACCCCAAUGUAGGAGAUGAUAAGAAGGCCGAGCUCAAGCAGACGCUCGAAUCUGAGCGAUCGUCCUAA